CAAUGUAUCCUGCGGAGGGCCGGCUUUCGUCGGCGGUUGAGAUUUCCGAGCUCCCUCGGAAUGGGCGAUGGUGCAUUGCUUCGAACGGAAAGGAAGAGCUUCGCAUCUCCACCAAGCUGUACGCGCAGAACAACAGUCUUCAGAGAAAGCACAACAACACUGUGCUGGAGUUUUGCCAGCCGGCGUUCCUCGCGGAGCCGCAGAGCACGAUGCAAGUCCUGGACGUCGGCUGCGGAACUGGCGACUUCACGCGGGACUUCCUGCUGCCACGUUGCCUGCCGUGCGCCAGGCUAAUCGGCAUCGACUGCAGCGUCGACAUGAUCAAGUAUGCUAGCCGGCACUCGGCCCACGAGAAGAUCGAGUAUGAGGUGCUUGACAUAGGCGAAGACGUGACAGAAUUCAUCAGUCAUCGCGGACGCUUCGACAGGGUUUAUUCUUUCUACUGCCUUCAGUGGCUGAAGGACCAGGGCAGUGCACUAAAGAAUAUAGCGGCACUGAUGGCACCGGGGGCGCAGUGUGUACUCGUAUUUCCUGCUUCGCACCAACCCGGCGCAGUGUGGAGCCUUCUGGCCAAGAUGGAUCGCUGGGCAAAAUAUGCCGAGGUAACGAUGGUUCACAAUAAUUAG